AUGUCUUUGUUCAGGCCAUUUAGAAAUUCAAUUCCCUUUAGGAGUUUAUCCACCAACGCCGCCGCCUAUAUCCACCCCACACACCCAGACUCCCCCCAACCCCAGGCCACGCACGACAAACUCGCGCGCUACUCUCGCAGUGUUCUCAACACAUACGCACGCCCACCAAUAAUCUUCACCCGCGGAAGUGGUCUCUACCUCUACGACUCCCAGCACCGAUCCUACCUCGACAUGAGCGGCGGUAUUGCCGUCAACGCGCUCGGGCACGCUGACGAGGGCGUGGCGAGGGUGAUGGGCGAGCAGGCUGCCAAGCUCGUGCACAACAGCAACCUCUACCACAACGAGUGGUCGGGUGAGCUGGCCCACUUGCUCACCACCCUCACCAAGCUCCAUGGCGGUAUGGGCUACCAGCCCAAUUCCGCCGACUCGUCCGGCCUCAAAGUCUUCUUGGCCAAUUCAGGCACCGAAGCCAACGAGGGUGCCUUGAAGUUCGCCCGUGUCUCCGGCAAAGCCAGGGCAGAGAAGGUGGGUGUGGAUGCCGCGGACAAGAGCGAGCUCGUCUGCUUCCGCAACGCCUUCCACGGCAGAAGUAUGGGUGGUUUGUCCGUCACACCCAACCCCAAAUACCAAGACCCUUUCGCACCUCUCAUCCCAGGCGUGCGCGUCGGCGAUAUCAACGACAUCCACUCCCUCACCUCCCUCGUUACCGAGAAGACAUGCGGCGUCAUCAUCGAACCUGUCCAAGGUGAGGGCGGGAUACACAAUGUGGAUGUGGAAUUCCUGCAGGCUCUCCGCAGACGCUGCGACGAGGUCGGUGCUGUGCUCAUCUACGACGAGAUUCAGUGCGGUCUCUUCAGAAGCACCGACCUCUGGGCCCACUCCGCUCUUCCACCUAACGCACACCCCGAUCUCAUCACCAUGGCGAAGCCACUCGCAAAUGGGUUCCCUAUCGGUGCAGUGAUGAUGCGUGAUAGUGUAGCUGAGCAUGUGUCGCCUGGCUCCCACGGCACCACUUUCGGCGGGUCACCACUAUCCACGUGCGUGGCACACCACGUACUCACACGUCUGGCGCAGAUGCCCGACUUGAAGGCGCGCGCGGGAGUUCUGCGCGAGAGGCUCGACGGUCUCGCUGCUGCAUACCCCGAUGUGGUAAAGUCGCCGGUGCGCGGGAGGGGCUUCCUCCUCGGCCUGCCUUUCCUCAACUCGGCUCACCCCGCACGCGCACUCACCCUCGCACGCCAACGCGGCCUCCUCAUCCUCGUUGCGGGAUCAGACGCCGUGCGUAUCGUGCCCAGUCUGACCAUCGCUGAGAGCGAGAUACAUGAAGCUUGCCAUGUUCUCGAAGCUGUUCUCGAGGUACUGAGGAGGGAGAGUGAGCAUGGCGUGUAG